AGUUACCAGAGAACUGGACGGACACACGGGAAACUCUGCUGGAGGGCAUGAUUUUCAGCCUCAAGUACCUUGGCAUGACACUGGUGGAGCGGCCCAAGGGGGAGGAGCUGUCAGCAGCUGCUGUCAAGAGGAUCGUGGCCACAGCCAAGGCCAGCGGGAAGAAGCUGCAGAAGGUAACUCUCAAGGUGUCGCCCCGGGGAAUCAUCCUGACUGACAGCCUCACUAGCCAGCUCAUUGAGAACGUGUCCAUUUACAGGAUCUCCUACUGCACAGCAGACAAGAUGCAUGACAAGGUGUUCGCAUACAUCGCCCAAAGCCCGCACAACGAGAGCCUGGAAUGCCAUGCCUUCCUCUGCACCAAGCGGAAAGUGGCACAAGCUGUCACCCUCACUGUAGCCCAGGCCUUCAAAGUUGCCUUUGAGUUUUGGCAAGCGUCCAAGGAAGAGAAAGAGAAGAGGGAGAAAGCCAACCAAGAGGGAGGAGCCAUCUCAGGGACCCGACGUGACAGCACCCCGUCAUUGAAAAGCUUGGUUGCCACUGGGAACCUGCUGGAUUUGGAAGAGGUGUCUAAGGCUCCCUUGUCCACGGUCACCACUAAUACCAACAACAUGGAUGAGACACUGCGGCCUCAAGUCUUGGGCACCAGCAGUGUGGUCUGGGAGCUGGACGAUGGCCUGGAUGAAGCAUUUUCAAGGCUGGCACAGUCACGGACGAACCCUCAAGUCCUGGACACUGGGCUGUCCACACAGGACAUCCAUUAUGCGCAGUGCUUAUCGCCCACCGACUGGGACAAGCCUGACGGCAGUGGCAUCGAUCGAGAUGACCUCUUCAGCUUCUGAGGGCCUAGGACUGACUGGCAGGACACAACUGGCCUUGACAUGUGAUGGACCAAAAGCCACCUACAGCAGAGCAGCCAUCACAAGGAGCUGAUGGCAAAGCCUGCGGACAAGAGCUGCACAGUCAGGCAGGGAGGGAGGGCAAGAAGAGCCUGCAGUGUCCAGUCAGUGACUCCUGGGUUAUGCUUGGAAACCAGGUUUGCAUCAGGCGCUCAUGAUGUAUGCAGGGCAGGGCAGGGCAGGGCAGGGCAGGGCCUGGCCUCCUGGUCUCUUUCCUGGAGCCAGUGCCCCCUCCUGUGGCUGUCAAGACAGUGACCAAAGCAUUCCGUGUUCCUUCUCUCUGGGGCAUCCUUACUCCUCAAGCAGUGAGAGCCUAUUAUUUGUGCACUGGAGGGGACAUGGCCUUCAGGGAAGCUGGGAUCCUCAAAUUCUGCUUCUUUGGGGCCUGGUAGCUAAGGCCCUCCGAGAGGCAGCACCUGACCAAAGACACAUAGCUCUGCACUUUAUCUCCCAUAAUGGACAUGGUUUGAGGUCCUUGAUGGUGCUGUGGGAGAGCUUGCCUCCUGCCCUCCCUCCACAGGAGGGCCACAGUCCCUGAGGUGAUCUGUAUAGUGCUAGGACCUAGUGUACCAGCUGCCCAGACUCCCAGAGUCUUACCACAACCGCAGGGAUCACCUCUGUUCUGUUUUGUCUGUGUGUCCUGUGUGCCCCCACCUUCUGCCUCUCCAUAAUUCCUGGAAUGAUACCAAAGCCUAGCACUAGGCUGUGGCGGGAUACUUUUCAUUCAUUUUACAGGUAAGGAAACUGAGGCAACACAUGUCGGGGAUGGAGAUGAGAAUAGAACCCAGAUCUGAUACCAAAGCUGCUGUUUGUACCGCCAACUUCUCACAGCCCACGUCUCCUUUCUCUCUAGCUUUGUUGUCCUCCCAGGAACCAAAAAGCCCCAGCUAUUUUCUGACCAAAAUGUGUUUCAUAACAAACCAUCUGGUGCCUUUCCACACAGCGCUGGCGUGGGCCUCCAUGCCCUGCUAACUGCCACACUGCUUCCGGGAAGACAUGUUUUGAAGUCUUUUGAUUCCAUGGGUUAAAUGGAAUCCUCCAGAAGCAUCUCGCUGUCCCUUCCUGACACUGCAGCCCCAGUAGUCCCCCUACCCCACCCAGUGGCCAGGCAGUUUAGUGGUGAGCUGUCCUUAGUCUGGCUGGUCUCAUGGGCUCUGGCAUCCUGAAUCUCAGCCAAGCCACAAGCAUCUUUUCAUUGCUAGGAGCCCCCAGUGGCUGGGCUUGUGAGAGCAGGUCUCAGUAGGCCCAGGAAAAGCACACCACUGUGACUUAAAGUUCCCAGCUCUUAUUGAGUUGCUGAGUCAGACCCUUGCCUUGGGGAGGGUACUUGGAGAACCCUCCCUGGAAUCAGGGUAGCUCCUUUUCCCCAACCAGCUCCAGGGUCCUGAGUGUGAGGGGCUGCCAUGGUGUUGGGUGGUGCUGUGUUCUUGACAGGCUGUGCCUGCUGGCAAGGCAGCUCUAAGAAAGAAACAAUAAAUGUUCCCAUUUUUUAAGUGUAAGCAUCACUCGGUGUUGCUGGUGAUGAGGGGCAGUGUCAUAGCUCCUGCCCUUUGAUGAUAUGUGUCAAAAGACUGAGGUAUACCACAUGCCCUUGUGGCACCAGAAUAGAGGGUGAUGGCAGGUUCCCUGCUGAUGAGCCAGCAGGGUACCUUUCUCUGCAACUGUCACUGUGUGGAAGGUCACCAGUGGUCCAGUGUGUCGGCACUGACAGUGUUUCUAACCUUACAUCCUGGUCGAUGCUGAGUGUGUGAGAUGUGAGUGUUCCCAUGUGCACCCCUCCCCAGGGACAGUAUUCCCACGACUCUCCAAUGACUCGGGCUUGCGGGCUUGCUUACUCAUGAUCUGGUCCUGAGCUCAGUGCUAAGGAUGACAUUGCCUAGGUGAAUUCAGGUUGUAUGGCUUUGUGUGAAGGGGGCAGAGAUAGAGGAUGGGGAUCAGUGAUUUAAGAGACCCAAAGUCCAGCUAUGGCCCUGGGUUAAUUACCUGCUUCCCUGAGCCUUGGUUUUCCUGUCUGUAGACAGGGCACAGCAGACUCCUGUGCCUGUGUCCCUGGAUUUUGAGACUAUUGACCAUUGUCAUGUUAUUGGUAGUUCAGACCUCUGGUGGCUUACAGGUUAUCUCAGAGCAAAAGGUCAUUUGGAUCUAAUGUGUAAAGUCCCAGUGGACUCAGACAGUGAGUACCACUCUUAGUGCACUUUCUGCGUGCCAGCUGACUAAGAAAAGUCAUGGAGAGCCCAGAUGCCAUUCAGUUCCUACUGCUGAGGGCACUGAGCUUAGCUAGGAAGGUAGCCCUGUCCUGAGUGCCUGGUAAGGCCACAGCCCUGUCUCAUAUCCCUAGCCCUCAUCCUGUCAUGUAGCAAUUUCCCAAGAGAUGGUUAUAAUCCAGCUGCUCGUGUCUUGCCCAGACUCACAGUGACCAUUCCAGCAAGGCUGCAUUCCUCAAGUUCCAUGGACUUCUGUCUGGGGACUCCCCAGCCACUGCUCCUUCCUGUGGCUUGUGGGGGUCUGGGGCAUUUAUGCAAUAGUCCUAUUUCAAGUGUCCAGAGGCAGAGCCUUUUGAUGCCAGCCGACAAGCAGACUCCCUGUGAGGCCCAAGUGGAUCAGAGAGGACUAAAGAAUUCUUUCUUCUUUCCCCCAUAAUUUGAAAAGACACUCAACAAGCUCAUCCUUCCAUUUAAAUUUGGCCAACGCCUUUAGUCUCCGGAUGUCUCAAAUUAUGGAUCCUGAGCCCAGCUGCCUGCUCUUUCAUGCGUAGCAGAUGAAGUGGAGGAACAAAGCCACCUUUCAGAUUUGAUGUGACCUUCAGCUCCUCUGGGUAGACAUUGGGUUGGCUCUCCAGGAGAAGCAUCACAAUUAAACCUUGCGAGGGCUUUUCAGCCUCUGUGCCUGGGUCGCAGGCUUGAGCCUGGCCUGGCUCUGCCUUCUCCUAUGCUGCAGUUAGGACCCUGUGCCCAGACUCAGCAUUGUCAGUCUGCCUUGGCACACUAGGAAGUGGGUAGGUGGUCUUAGAACUACUUAAAAAAUUGAAUCUUUGAUUUAUUCUUUGACAAUUUUAUACAUGUAAACAUCAUCUUGGUCCUGUGCACCCUGCUCAACCCUCCAAUCCCCACACCCCAAACUCCAGCACUUUCUUUCCCCCCUUUUCCUUUAUUUAUAGCCUGCUGAGUCCAGGUAGUCCUGCCUGUUGAAGUGGACUUGGCCUGCUCUUGUGUGGGUAGCCACAGAUGCAGUGGGUUCUUGAAUGUGUUGACCAUGUCCUGUCUGAAAGAGCAUUCCACAGUACUCUUCCUCUCCCCCUAGCGCUUAACAUGCUGUGUGCUCCUUUUCCAGUGUUCCUGAUCCUCGGGGAGGGCUGUGAGAAAGGCACCAGGCACUGUCUCAACACUUUGACCCAUUGAAUUUCACUGUAUUAACUGCUGACCACUGCAGAGAAGCCACCCUGGCCAAGGUUAAGGGCAGCACUGACCUAUAGGUAUAAACAUAAGUGUUUAGAGGUGGUGUGGUAACAUGUCCUUUAGCAAAACAGCAAGUUCUUCCCUGGGCCUGUGAUUGCCCUCACCAUGGGCUUUUGACCGGGUUUUAGUACCAGGCCUAACCCUCUUCCUGUAGAGCAGGUCUCCAAUCUAAAAGUGAUUGGUUAUCCCAUCCCCUUAAUGGCACUGUUGUAUCAGUGGGCACAUUGCGCAUGGUGGAUCAGUAUGGAGCAUGCAGGGUUGAGUGCACAUUACCGAUGUGUUUUCUGCCCUCAGUGGCCUGCAUGGCUCCUUCCAGCACUGAAAGCUAGUCAACAAGGAGGAAGCUUUUGGGUCGUUCAGUUUGGUUUCUGUGUCAUACAACCAAAGUGUGUCUUAGGCAGUACAAUCUUCACCAUCUAGUUUUGGUGACCUCUGGGGCCUCCCUGACCUGUAAAUUGUAGGGAUGAAUCUCAUGUAAUCUCUCUUCUUAGAUAGGGUAUCUGAGGGACAGGAAAGAUAAGCAAGCUGACUUGAGAUCCACAUUUAGGAGGUUAGGUCUGGGAUUUGAACCCCAGGCUGUCUAAAUCUAAAGCUUACUUCUGCCACUCUGCAGACCAGCAGCACCAGCAGUGGGCGUUGUAAAUUAUCCUGGGAGCUGCUUCUGGGGCCCUGACUCGACAGGCAGCAGUGACAGGUGCCAGCUGCAUAAGUCUCUUGCCUCUUCCCAGCUGGCUGCCCCCUCAUGCCGCUGGUCUGGUCAUGUCCAACAUGGGACUCUGCAGAACCAUGUGCCCACCACAUCAGGCCCCAUCUUUCCUGGGUGACAUGUGUCCAGUCUGCCAGCACAAGGGUGUCUUAACCACAGGAGGGACAGUAAAUGCCAGUGCCAGAGGGCUGGAAGGAAGGGAACCCUCUGUAGUGUCCAUACAGUUUGAACUGUUAUGGAGACUGUAGGUAGUGUCAGCUAAUGUGAGGUGAAGACCCUGAGGACCAUAGAGGUUACUGCAGGCCUGGGACUCAGAUCCCACGUGUCCUGUAGUGUCCUUGCCUCUGCAGGUCACUGGGAACACUCAGUGCCCAUGACCUUGCUUACUGGGAGCUCCUGCUCAGAAGAACAGCCUUGACCAAAUGCCAGCACAGUACUGCUGGGCAGCUUGGAGCCUCCAGCCAGGACAGGUGUGGGCUGGGACACAAGGCCAUGCUGCUAGGCAACGUAUCUGUAUGUGUCUGCUGAUCACCAGCUUGGCCUUGUCUCUGGAUGAUGAGAGGCCUCUGUUCUUGACUCUUCAUAGUCCAAGGGGCGGGGGCAUGCUUCCUGGAAGUCCUCUGUCAUGCAGACUUACCUACACUAGCUCGACAUUGGAGAACUGGGUUGUGGGGUUGUUGCAGGGGAUUCCAGGUGGGCUGCUGAGUGAAGGGACCUCAGAAGGAGUAAAAAGGUUGGGAAUACCCUCGGUGGCUUGGUAGCUCUGAUGUUGGGGGUGCUGUCUGAGUCACUCCAUGGCCAGGUGCUGGGGCACUACCUGACUGUGUGGCUAUGACUGAACCAUGGCAGAAGGGGUAGACCCUGCUUACGUUUCUGAGCCCUCUGAGAUCAGGCAGCCCCAGGUCAGUGGCAGCAGAGGGGUCCUAGUUCCAUAGACUCCCAGCAGGCACUGGUUGGGGGGUACUGAGUCUUCAUUGCUCCCAGCUCAGCAGCCCUACAACCCUUCCUGGGCUGCGUUGCAGAAACUGUGGGUCUAACUCUAGGUCCUGACCAAAGAUCUUGCUUUCAACAUGUUUUCAAAUAAAGGUUCUGGUAUCAG